ACAGUUGGCAGUACAAUGGCUUCUCAGUACCUCGUAGUGGCUCUGGCCGUUUUCUCCUCUUUUACCCAGGUUGUAAUAGAAGCCAGCUCUUGGUGGUCUUUAGGGAUGAACCCCAUGAACCCCAUGAACCCUGUUCAGAUGUCAGAGGUGUAUAUCAUAGGAGCCCAGCCACUAUGCAGCCAGCUAGCAGGGCUUUCCCAAGGACAGAAGAAACUCUGCCAGUUGUAUCAGGACCAUAUGCAGUUCAUUGGAGAGGGUGCAAAGACGGGCAUUAAGGAGUGCCAGUAUCAAUUCAGACACAGAAGAUGGAAUUGCAGCACUGUGGACAACAACUCUGUUUUUGGCAGAGUCAUGCAGAUAGGCAGCCGGGAGACAGCGUUCACGUACGCGGUGAGCGCGGCCGGCGUGGUCAACGCCAUGAGCCGCGCGUGCCGGGAGGGCGAGCUGUCCUCCUGCGGCUGCAGCCGCGCCGCGCGCCCCAAGGACCUGCCGCGGGACUGGCUGUGGGGCGGCUGCGGGGACAACAUCGAGUACGGAUAUCGCUUCGCCAAGGAGUUCGUGGACGCCCGGGAGCGCGAGCGAGUUUACCAGCGAGGCUCCUACGAGAGCGCCCGCAUCAUGAUGAACCUGCACAACAACGAGGCCGGCAGAAGAGUGACCAUGCUGGUCUUUCAUCGUGGUUUUUGCCUCUCUCCCCGACUCCUGCAGACGGUGUACAACCUGGCUGACGUGGCCUGUAAGUGCCACGGCGUCUCUGGCUCCUGCAGCCUGAAGACCUGCUGGCUGCAGCUCGCCGAUUUCCGCAAGGUGGGCGAUGCCCUGAAGGAGAAGUACGACAGCGCCGCCGCCAUGAAGCUCAACAGCCGGGGGAAGCUGGUGCAGGUGAACAGCCGCUUCAACGCCCCCACCAUCCACGACCUGGUGUACAUCGACCCCAGCCCCGACUACUGCGUGCGCAACGAGAGCACCGGCUCCCUGGGCACCCAGGGCCGCCUGUGCAAUAAGACCUCGGAGGGCAUGGACGGCUGUGAACUCAUGUGCUGCGGCCGGGGCUACGACCAGUUCAAGACGGUGCAGCGAGAGCGCUGCCACUGCAAGUUCCACUGGUGCUGCUACGUGAAAUGCAAGUUGUGCACAGAGAUCGUGGACCAGUUUGUGUGCAAAUAGGGCACGGACGAGGUGGGAGGAACUGCAGCCGCCUGCCAGCAAGGGGUGCAGGCCCCUCUCCCUUUCCGCAGGACUAUCUCCACUUUAUUUAUAGAGUCCAACGAGUUUUCGUCUUCUUUUAAGAAAAUAAAAAAAGAAAAAAAAAAAAGAAAGGGCGGGGAAGGAAAAAAAAAGAAAGAAAAAAGAAAAAUAUAAAGGUUGCAAAGCGAAGUGCCUGGAAACCCUCUCUGUGUCCAUCCCAGAACUGUGUGAGGCUUAUAUUUUUGGCAAUAAUGGAGGAGAAUCUGAGAAUAUUUAUUUUGCAAAGUGAAAAAAAUAAUUGACUUUUCUUACAAACAAUAGAGUAGUUUCAGGGGAAAAUCUGACAUAUGCUAAUUUAGAUCCACAGAACGUAAUACAUGUGCAGUAGGCAGAGCAACCAUGUAAUGUGCUUGGGAUGUUAGAGCAAUCCUUAUGGAUGUGAG